AUGUCUCGAAACGUCAGGCGGAAAAGCCGGCCCGUGCCAAAACGGGCCCCAAAGAGCCGGGAUUAUGAUUCGUCGUCGCUCGAUCUGUCCGACGACAGCGGCUACUCCGGCGUGGAGGAUAUCAGUGAUUCGGAUGACGACGACGAUGAGCAUGUGUUUGCGGCCGAGGAGGAGCAUAUUGUUACCAAUGUCGCGCGAAAGCGAGCAUCGGUCCCUCCUCGGCCGCUGAUGGAGGACGACGACGACGACGCAGAUGAAGAGAGCGAAGCAGAGGAAGAAGAUGCCGAACCCGAAGAGGACGACCCGGCCGACGACAGCGCCAGCUGGAACGGCAUCUCGUCCGAUCACGACGACCUGAUCCCCGCAGAAUCCCUGGAGCCCUUUACCGACCACAACCGCUUCGAGCAGACCAUCGAACGCCACGUCCGCUUCGCCGGUGUGCCCGACAGCGACUCGGACUCGACCACAAGCGAGACAUCCAACAGCAUCAACGACUUCUUCCCUGACAUCUUUGUCGAAAAGGGCGCCCUCGACCCUUCAUUCCGCCGUGAGAUUGAGGACGAUGACGAGACUUCCUCCAACGAUUCUUUCUGGGACUUCUACGCUGGCUCGCAGGACUACCCAGCUCCGGACUCGGACGACGAGGUCGCUCCCGGUGACUUCACGCCCAUGGCCACGCCCAGGCCGAGCGAGCUACCCGCCGAAGAGCUAACGCCCGUGCCUGUCCCUGCAGAAGUACAGGAGCUCGACGGAUACGAGACCGACGGUGAUACCACCGAAGAAGACGUGCCGGAGCCUAUCGUCCGCAAGAAGCAAAUGCGGCGGGCCCAUUCAGUGGAGCCGUCUUCGGGCUCAGAUACGGAGCGGGCAGUCCGGGAUGGCCCCGGAAAGCCUCGCGUAAGCCGGUUUAAUCUCGACCGGUCCGACAACAAGCCUAUUGGCGUCGUGGACCCCGCUUCCGGGAAGAUGAUCAUCUUCACGCCCCGGCGGACGAACCAGCUAGAUCUGUCGCCGGAGUCGCUCCACCUGGACUUCUCCAGGCCUGACGUCUCCGCCUCCCCGCUGGUGAGGAACCCAGGACUCAUUAUGAUGGGAGCGAUGAUGUCAAACACCACGUUUGGGGACUACUUUAACAUGCCGCCUUUCGGCCCUGCCGAGGCAUUCUUCCCCUGUACCUCUGACGUGCUCGGCGAAGAGAGCGACGACUCCUUCCUUGCCAGGAUCGAAGAGGACGAAGACGAGGAGGAGAGCAUGCUGAAGCUGGAGGACUUCAUCGCCUUCGACGCCGAUUCCUCGGAUGAGGAGGAGGAGGGAGCCGACUACGGCGAUCUCGCCUCCAGCCCCACACGACCGAAGACCGCCGCGAGUAACGCUAGCGCCGCAACAGAGUCCGCAACAACGCACCCGCUGCUAAGCCACUUCGACAGCAAUUCAGAUGUCGUCGGAGCCUUCCGCCGCAAUCAGAUCAACCAGCAACUCAUCAACAGCGACAGGGCGACCCAGGAGUCGCUUGCGUUCUCCGGUCCGUACUACCACGGCACGCUCCGGGGCAUCAAGAGUGGAAGCCUGGAGACCGUCACCACGCCUAUCACGCCCAUCCGGCGGAAGCGAAGCAACACGGUAGGAAUGCAUGGAUUCUCGGAUUUACAGCAGAGCAGCCCGCUCAACGUCUUAUCGCAGAAGAGAAAGGCAUCUGGGAACCAUGCCGACGCCAACCUGCACAAGCGACACAGGAGCAUAUCGGACAUGGAGGUUCUGCGCAUUUAA